AUGGCUUUCAACAACAGAAUCUCCUCCUUCGGCUCCAACGACAGUGGCUACGAGAGUGGCAUCGUCGAGGUCUUUGACGAACCCCGCCGCCCAGUCAUUAAGAACCCAAACCAUGACAAAGAAAUUGCGAGACAUCGUCAGCACCUGAUGGCGUCGGAGAUGUCGAGAAGAGAUGCAGAUGAAUACCAGCAAGACAUGCUUGAGCAUAUGCUUAAAGUGGAUGCAGAGACCAUGCCGGACGUCGACGCAAUCGACAUCCAAACCGAAAUCCAAUGGUACAUGCGGCCCUACCUCCUCGAUUUCUUGGUCGAGGCCCAUACAGCUUUCCAGCUCCUACCCGAGACUCUAUUUCUUACAAUCAACCUCCUCGAUCGCUACUGUUCGAAACGUGUCGUCUACAAGCGUCACUAUCAGCUUGUUGGGUGUGCUGCACUGCUCAUCGCGGCAAAGUAUGGAGAUAAGAAAGAGAAGGUUCCGACAAUCAAAGAGCUAAAGUCCAUGUGCUGUUCGCUCUAUGACGACGACAUGUUCUUGCAAAUGGAGUGGCAUGUUUUGUCUACCCUUGGUUGGGCCAUUGGACAUCCUACUGUCGACGCCUUUAUGCGGUUGGCCGUCAAGGACAACGUCUACGACCCCGAGACAGAAAGUUUGACCCUCUACAUCCUAGAGAUUGCCCUCUAUCACCGAGACUUUGUGUCCAAGCAGUCACACACCCUUGCCCUUUCGGCUCUAGUGCUAGCUCGCCACAUCCUCGGUCGACCUCAAGCUCGCCCCAAUGAGUUUGGUGCUCACUUCUGCAGCACCACCGUGAUGGAGUUGCUACAAAAAGUUCAAGAGCCUUCGGGCAUUUUGGCACGCAAGUAUGCCUCGGUGCGCUACUCUGGCGUUUCUCGAGUCUUGACCAACUUCCUGGCUCAAAAGGCUGCCAUGUCGGCCUCCCGAGCUCCGUUGACUCCGACUUACGAUCUCAGCCCUCCCUCUGCUGUCACCAAACCCGCAGGCUCUGAAUACUUUCAAACUUAUGCCACACCUCAAAAGUCUCAGUUCCCGUCAUUGGUGCAGCAUGGUCUGUACACACCUCCUAUCACUCCUGAGGGUGACAUGUUCGGCGUGACACAGAAGACCUUCAACGCCCCUAAUCAAUGUGCACCUCCUACCCCAACUCCCACCACUGUGGACCAACAAUUCACCUCACAUUAUCCGACUUCGACUCAGCAAUGGAGCCGCGAAGCAUACUGA